AUAAUAUUUUUUGUGGUUUGGAAAUGGUGCGAAAAUGUGUGACUUCAGCAAUUAUUACUUGUUUCGUCCUUGCCAGAUGUGUUGUCUCCAGCGAUCCAUUUAUCGAUCUGUACCAAUACCUUCGGAUGCCCAAGUUGUUCGCAUACGACGAUUACGAUGAAUGCUUCAACGGAUACUCCUCGCUGGACCCGAUGUACUGCGUGGUCCGUUCGGUCAUCAAGCCAAACAAUCGGUCUGACCUUUGGAACUUGAUUGAGAAUUUUUCCAACGAUACCUAUCGCCACUUCCGGCACAAUCACUUGGAUCGUGGAAUCUGUGUAGAGCGUUGUCGGCGAACGCUUGUUGGACUUCAGAAUGACACUCUUCAACAGUUGUACGUGGAAAAAUUCCAAAUCGACUUUGCUUACAUAAUGGAACCGGCGGCAUUCGAGAAUGGAGCGAAAGACAGAUCGACCUACGGUCAAUUGAUCAACGUGUGCGUCAACCACGAACUAAACAGGUCCCACAAUCUCUCUGCUUACUCUGAGAUCGAGUACUGCACUCGUCCAGAGCGUCAUAUCAGUCUUGAUCUGCUGGAUCUGAGCUUCAUCGCCGUAUCGUUGCUGUUGAUAUUUCUGGUGAUGGCGUCCAGCUGGUUCGAUCACCAACUGAACCUUCGGCAGCAUGAAGCUGAUCAUUACCGGAAGAACCUUGCUUGUUCAAAAACCAUGCUGCUUACGGCGUUCUCCCUGAAGCGCAACUGGCACCGCCUGACCGGUCAGUCCCGCGAUCAACUCAACGAAGAUCUGCGCUUCUUCCAGACGAUUCGCUUUCUAACCUUCUGCCUGGUGGUCAUGAGUCACUGCUGGAUCAACUACACCAUCACCCCGGUCCACAACCCGUACACGCUCGAGCAGACCUACUACAGUCCGGCCCGGCAUGCCAUCAUCAACGGGGGCCAGAUUCUGCAGACGUUCUUCCUGUUCAGUGGAGUUCUGCUGAGUUUGCACUUUUUCAACACCCGAACGCAACUGCGAGGGAGAUCUCUCGGUUGGGGCGUGGUGCUGGUUGUGGUUUUCUACAGAUUUGUACGAUUGACCCCGGUGUAUGCGUAUGUGCUGCUGCUGCACGCGACCUGGUUGGCCAAGUUCCAAGAUGGUCCACUGUGGAAACGGGGCGUAGAUCCGGAACGGUACUUCUGUCGGAAGAAUUGGUGGACCAACUUGCUGUACGCGAACAACUAUGUGCACGUGGAGGAACCGUGCAUCCAAGCUUCGUGGUAUCUUGCAACUGAUUUUCAACUUUUCACCCUUGGAUUGAUACUUGUCGUGGCAGUCGUAAAAUAUCCCCGGCUGAAAUUCAAACUUUACUCCUUGGCGGCAGCAGUUUCGUUCAUACUACCAGCUCUUGUAAUCUACUUUGGAGAGUUUGAUGGAACCUUCAUUGUUCGCUUACAGGAUCAACGCUUCUACUACUGGUACGAUCGAAUGUACCGUGAAGUCUACAUUCCCACCCACACCAAUAUGGGAUGCUACUUGGGAGGAAUAAUUUUAGGUGCAAUUUACUACAGUCAGCGAAAGAAUCACGCCAUCGGCAAUCGAGCUUGGUACCUCCAACAACUCUGGUACACCGUCGUUCCCGUUGGCUUUCUCACCAUGAUGAGCAACGUAAUCUUCUACCAGAACAACUUUGAGAAGCCCUCGCUAUGGAUGGCCCUGUUCUACCCAGCGAUGAAGAACUCGUGGGUUCUGCUGUGUGCCAUCUCGCUGUACGGAAUGAUCUACGAGUACAACAAGCUGGUGAAGCAUUUCCUCAGCUCCAGCUUCUUCGUCCCACUGGGAAGAUUAAGCUACUGUGCGUACGUUUGCCACAUGGCACUGCUCAAGUUGGUCUUUUUUAGCACGCGGGAAACGAGAUACUUUGGGCAGAUGGCUUUGAUUUCCUCAACAAUUAUGGUCGUGAUUUUGUCCUAUGCAUUUGCCCUCAUACUGGCUUUACUGCUGGAGCUUCCGGUAACUGCCAUCCAGAAGUAUCUAUUUGCCGGAAAACCAGGCUAGUAUUACAAAACAAAA